GUGUCAUGGCGGGUGUGAUGGAGGCGGCUCGCAGGGGCCGAGGAAGCUGAGGGUGCGGUAGGGCCGCUGAGGUGGCACUGGCGGCUCAGGGAGGUGCUGCAGCCCUGGGGCUGACAGGAGCGCCCAGGCUGCGGGAGGAGCGGCGCCCUGCGCUAGCCCUGUGGGCGAGAGUGGACUCCGUGGCGGGGGAGGGCAGGGCCAGGCCCGGCCUCUCCUCAGACUCUCUUGCCGCCUGUUUCCAGCGGGAAUAUCGCCCUGGUGAUUUCCGAGGGAAAGAGCGGGACGGCGGGUACCUCGCUUCUGCGGGCGAGGACUUAUUAUCCAAAAUGCUUGAGUAAACUCUGAAUGUGUUUGGAGUUCGUGGAGAAGACGCGGGUAAAAGCGCCUUCUCGUGCUGAGAAUGGAUGAAGAGAGUCUGGAAGCGGCGAUCCAGAGCUACAACGCGCAGCUGGAGCAGGUGGAGCUGGCGCUGGGGGCGGGCCAGGACCCAUCGCAGCAGUCGGACCUGAUCCAGCUGCAGGAGGAUUUGAAGCAGCUCAUAGAACUGACCGAGUCGAGCCUGGUGGCUGUGAAAAAGAGCAAACUUCUGGCCACUUUGGACACAGAGGCCUCCUCCUCCUCCUCCCCAGCAGCUCUCCCAGGGCAGGAUUCCCACCUGGAGAGCUCUGCCCAAGAUGAUGAAUAUGCUGCUUUUAAGGAAGCCAUUGCUGGGCUUGGAACAGAUGAGGAGCCUCCAGCUGAUGACAACAAGAUCUCCUCGGAGAGAGGGGGAGAAACUGGGGAUAAAACCAAAUCAAAGUGCAGUGAAGAGGAGGAGGAGUCUGAGAGAGAGGAGGAGGAGGAGGAGGAGUUGAGUGGGAUGAAGGUUAAGGCCCCCUACUACAGCUCCUGGGGGACGCUGGAGUACCACAAUGCCAUGAUUGUGGGGACAGAGGAGCUGGAGGAUGGCAGUGCAGGGGUCAGGGUGCUCUAUCUGUACCCCACCCACAAGUCCCUGAAACCGUGCCCGUUCUUCCUGGAUGACAAGUGCAGAUUUCAGGAGAACUGUCGGUUUUCCCAUGGUCAGGUGGUGUCCGUGGAGGAGCUCCAGCCAUUCCAGGAGCCCGACCUGAGCAGUCUGGGGGUGGGCUCAGCCUGCCUGGCCAAGCACAGUGAUGGGAUCUGGUACACGGCCAAAAUCACCGAUGUGGACAGCGGCUACUACACGGUGAAAUUUGACUCCCUGCUCCUCAAGGAGGCUGUGGUGGAAGGGGACAGUGUCAUUCCCCCCCUGAGAAGUGAAGAUGCUGCUGAAUCUGGCGAGUCUGAUGAAGACAGUGUGGAUGAUUCUGGUUAUGCCAAAGUGAUAGAUUCAGGGGUUCCAGAGAACGGGGAGUGGACCCCUGCCUGCAGCUCCUCUUUCGGUGGCUGGGAGGCCCAUACUCGUGGCAUUGGCUCCAAACUGCUUGUUCAGAUGGGAUAUGAGUUUGGAAAAGGCUUAGGGAAGAAUGGCGAGGGCAGAGUGGAGCCAGUGCAGGCUGUGGUGCUUCCUCGAGGGAAGUCCCUGGACCAGUGUGCUGAGGUGCUUCAGAAGAAGAAGCAGGGGAAGCUGGAGCCAGGCAAAUCGAGGAAAUGCCGAGCAAAGGGAAGCAGCUCUGGAGAGGGGGGCGGCCGUAAGGCCCCGCGCAACGUGUUUGACUUCCUGAACGAGAAACUGCGCGGGAAGAGCACUGGGGACAGGGCUGGGGGCAUGGCUCUGCCCCAGAGGAACAGCAAAGAGAUCUACCACGCCAGCAAGAGCACCAAGAAGGCACUGAGUGUCAGCCUCUUCCAGACCACUGAGAAGAUUGAGCAAACCCAGAGGGAUAUCAGGGGAAUCCAGCAGGCCCUAGCGCGCAACGUCGGGAGGCACAGGAUUGCUACAGCUCAGCUGGAGGAGAAGCUGGCUGAUGCUCACAAGCAGCUGGGGCAGCUGCAGGCCCAGGAAGCCAGGCUGCAGCGGGAGCAGAAGAAAGCAGACACCCACAAGAAGAUGACUGAAUUCUAGGUGCUGAGGAAAGUGUUGGGCUGCAGGAGUUGUCCUUCUGGUGCUCCUGGCCUCAGAGCCUCGAUGAGCUGUCCUGCUCUGCUGGGCCUCAGGCUGCCUAGCCUAAAACUGGGCAAAAAAGCAGCAGUUUCUGGAUGCCUCUGAGCUCUUCUGGGAGUGGGAGGAGUGCACAUCCGUCCAGACCUGAAAGUAUUCAGUGAGCUGGGCCUUGGAUGAGGCCUAGCUACAAGGAAUACAAUUCUCUGCUCUCUUGCACACUUCUUUCCUUAAUUUUCCCUGCAGUAGCAACCCCAUCCAGAGUCUGUGGGUGCUCAGGUGAUGACACUGCUGGUUACAAACCAGCUAAGGGGGCUUGGACAGCCCCACAUCUUGCCAUUAACUGUGGCUUCUAUCUGUGGCCACCUGCCAAGCACAGGUGCAGGCAGGGUCCCAAGCAUGGCUGGGUGAAAACAUCAAAGGUCAAGUGCUUUAGCUGCUCUCUGCCUUCUGGUUUUUACUGUGGGAUUUGUCUGAGAACUCUAUUUUUUUGGGGGGGAGCAGUUCUUUGUAGCCCUAGUGUAAGGAAGAGACAGAAAACUCUCAGCUUUUGGGAACCAGUGGCCUGGAGCAUCAGAUUUCAGCAGUUUGACUAAGAGUAUCCCAGGUCAUGCUGUAGCCAAACUCACUGGUUUGGCAUGGAAGCUGCCUGGUUCCAGUAGAGUGCCAUAGCUGGGGGAAUGAGCCAGCAGCAUAACAGAAUUCCCAAACCUAUCCAGUAACAGCUCCAGGGAACCUUGUGAUUUUUGCCACCGUUAGUUGGGUUUUUCUGUCCAAGGUGGCUCACUGAGCACAGGUCCUUUUACUAAAAAACCUCAGGACCCAGAUCCAGGUUGGGCUGGGCCCUGGAUGAGCACAAAGAGCAGGAUCUGUGUGAGCCCUGCAGUGGGAGAGCUUGGAGCUGGGCUGGGAGCAGGCCAGGCAAGCCAGAUGGUCUUCCCUGCAAGGUGGGAAGUGUUUGGACAGGAAGGAUGUCCUCUCCCCUUGGUUUCAUUGUGUGUUGGUGGUGGCCAGUCCUUGCCUCAGAUGAGAUGCUGGUUUAAUAAUCUGAUGGGAUUUCUACAUU